AUGCCCGACUUAGAAAAAUCUUAUGCUUCUCUUAUUCAUUCGGCAACAAAAGAAUUAGCAUCAGGUCUCUAUACGAUCACAAAUACACCAUGGAUUGCCGAAAACACUCGGUCUGAUCCCAUAGACUCUUCAAAAAUCGAUUACAAUGAUCUAACCAGCGUUACCAUUGGACCUUCCUCCAGUCCCAUUCGUGUGACCUGGCCCCUCGCAGUCUUUUGCAUGAACUCUCUUUUCUUCCGCAGCAUCUUCAUGCCAGAAACACCCACUGUACCAGAUACUACACCUCUUUACAUCAAAGCUCUCCGUCUGGAACACCAACGUACAAAUAAUAUCCCAUUCCCCUGCACUACUCCCGCCGAAACCGACGCUUUCUCCAUCUUCGUAUCAUGGAAUACAACCAAUGAGUUAAAGUCUUCAACAAAAUUUGUUGGCAUCACUAGUGUCAAUGUUUAUGAACGCAUUCGACAAUACAACAAACUCUGGGAUCAGCUGAUUGAGUGCUACAAACUCUCUCAAUUCCUAAUCGCGCCUAAAUUCGCCAACAAGAUCAUCGAUACGAUGAUCUGUGCUUUGAGAGAAGAAUGCGGAUGGCAAACACAUCGAAGACAACUAGAAGACGAAGAAGAUGAGAAUGUUCUCGCGGCUCCCGGAACUGCAGAGUAUGACGCAUUAAUUGAUCACAUAUCCCAACUCACAACCGAAGGAAACGAUGAUUUAUUUAAUCAAACACAAUCUUCAAGCAUCCCGCCAAUAGUAGAGCAAAACAACACUCCGAAUCGAAAAACCAAACUUCUUCCUCCAGAUGCAAGAAACAUUCUCGGUGGAUCACCUGCGCAAAUCUCACAUUUGUAUGCGUCUACAAAUCCUGGUUCCCAACUGCGUCAAAUGCUCGUUCAGAUGAUCAUCAACUAUUCAGUUCGCUAUCCUAAGUACUAUGCUCAACCUUCUAGCUUCAGUACUCUGAUUACAGGCGCGGGGUCCGCUAUGCAGGAGAAUCUCUCAGUCCCGAUUGAAUUUAUGAUUGAUUUAUUGGGUGCGUAUGCGAAGCUGGGAAAACAGGCGAGGGAUCGAGGAUGGAGAGAGAGGGAUAUGGGAUGUGUGUAUCAUGAGCAUAAGGAUCAUGUUGAGGAGAUGAAGUGUCAGGUACAGAGUGCGAGGGAGAGGAAUAAUGCGGAGGGAGGUGAGGAUGUGACGAUUUCGUCGGCGGUGGGAUAUUCGAUGGAUUGA